AUGAGAAAGAAAAAAAAGAGCAACGAGGGGAAGGUAUGGAUGGAUGCAUUGCACAACUUGGAGGAGGUGCAUCAAAACAAGUACAGCCUAACGAAGGACACACUUCACGAAAGAUCGCGACCAGAACCAGAAAUCAUUGAAAACAUAUUAGAAGAAUUAGAAAACAAAAUUAGGUUCUAUUUCAAGCUGUACAAAAUGGAGAAAGAUAAAAGAGCCGAUUGUGAGAAGAAAAAUUAUGACUUGCAUGAAGAGCUCAACAAGACUUAUACCAUAUUGCAAAAAAAUAAACUCUACACAGAUAAGUUAGAAACGAAAUUGCUAAACAUUAAAGAAAAUCAGAGCUCCUUGAUAGACACAGUGAGACGUAUUGACCUUUUAUACAUACAGCUAGAUACCCUGGUACAGUCGUUCUCUGGUGUUUGCACGCAGGUAGCGGCAGACGUCAAUGCCUACGGGGUCAGCACGAAUAGUAAGAGAAACACCAUAAAGACAUUACUGGAUUAUAUAUACCCAUGUAGGACACUUGACCCUCGCAUUAAUUCUCUUUACGGAGUGUUGUAUUAUGGAUCGAUUGGGCUAUUGAAAGAUGGGAAGUUUGUGAGUCCUCCCGUUCCUCCUAUCCCCCCAGUGGUGCCGUCUGAAGGGGACGGUUGGCUACCCCCCUCGGGGUAUGGCCCUCACAAUGGGGUGCUCCCGACCGAUUAUCAGCAAAGCGGCAGUCAAGAAAGAAGAAGUCACGAAAGGGGCAGCCACCAGAGGAUCACUCACCAACGGUGCAGUCAUCUCGGUGCUGCGCCUGGGGGAAGCUUCUCCGACUCGGGGAGACGAAGCGGAAGCGCCCUCAACAGGGAGGAGAGCUCCAAGGACAACUAUGCUGAUGACGCGAUAUUCUCCAAAUACGUGGAGGAGGAACAAACAAAACAGGUACGAAGUGAGUAUGAUGAUGAACACAAGCCAAAUUGCAGCGAACUUCUCCCUCAUGACUUACAAGGGUUCUGUAUACGAAUUGGAUUCCUAGAAAUAGACUACAAGAAGGAAAAUGCAAGGAUCAUCUGCGUCGUCCGAUACGACCGUGAGACGAGUACCUCUGCGAUUCAGAACACGACGAGAGUGACCAAGCCCAAGGAUAUGGAUGCACGUGGCAAUGGAGGCAAAUGCAUUUUUAACAUCGACUAUACUAUUAAUUUAACUUCAUUGCCAGAAAAAAAUGCAGGAGAUAUACCCCGUUUUAUGAUAGACGUACAUGACGUGAAUGGAAAAGCUUUGAUUGGUACAUCUGUGUGUUCUUUCAUUAGUGAGAAGACUCUAGUGAGAGACGCGUCGUGGGACAUUUACUCAAGGGUUGCAAAUUCGAAGCCUGAGAUAAUAGGGAAAAUGCAUGUGUCUGUGUUUGCUUGUCCGCCACAUUCCCUCCUCCCAGCUGAGAUUUUUAGCAGAGCGAGGAAACAGUCAACGUUACUUGCUCCGCACGGAGGGAACAACCCAGGCGACGCUCCCUCCGGGGACGAUCGGAAGGUGGAGAGCAGCGCCAGAGUGACCUUUCAGAAGAGCACCCUUCUGAGCAAAGUCAUCGAGGAAAGGGAUCAGCCAUCGCAGAUGCAGGGGAGGUCGCAUGUGGAGUCUCAUGUAAAGUCCCAUGCGCAGCCGCAGGGACAAUCGCAUGUGAAGCCGCUGGUACAAUCGCCUGUGAAGCCGCUGGGACAGCCGCAUGCGCAGCCUCUGUCCGCUAACAACACAGGGAAGGGGGCGAGCCGCUUUCAGAGGGGAAAUAAGGUCAUCUUCAAGCCCUACAUCUCGAAGAAUGCCGACUCGGCCGCCUCGACGAACGCCAAGAAGUCAAACUCCGAUGUGAAGGAAAACACUCCCCAGAAGGAAGCCUCCACACGAAUCAGUCUCAAUCAGAAGAAUGGAGAGAGUAGCAGCAAGAAUGGAGAGAGUAGCAGCAAGAAUGGCGAGAAAAAAAGCGGCACCCUUUCCCUAGUUCAGAGUAGAAUAAAAAAUCUAGCCAAACGGUUGGAGUCAAAGAAUGGCACAUCCGAGGGGAUUGAGAAGGAUGGCAGCAGCGGUUCCACGACCCCCGUUGAGGGGAGCGCUAGAAAGCUGGGAGGUCUUUUGAAGAAAAGUCUACCUCUCUCGAGCAGUAACGGACCUAGUGACCCCAAGGCGAAAGAGGGGGAGCAACAGGGAGAGCAAAAGGUAGGCAAAACGGAAGGGCAAAAGACAGCCCAAAUGGAAGGGCAAAAGACAGCCCAAAUGGAAGGGCAAACGGAAGGGCAAAAGACAGGGCAAAAGACAGGGCAAACGGAAGGGCAAAAGACAGGGCAAAAGACAGCCCAAACGGAAGGGCAAAAGACAGGGCAAAAGACAGGGCAAAAAGACGCGUUAGAGAAGGGUCCAGUCGCCUUGAAGAAGAUCUCCCCAGUGGUGAAGGACGGCGUGAUGAAGAUUAAGUUGCCUUUGCCUGGAAAGAAGGAUUCGGCGAAGAAAGCGGGACCGGUAACCUCUGCAAAAAAUGACACAGCGAUUAGUAACCCUGCCAAGAGCGAUCCGGCAGACGCAGCAAAGAAGGAGAGCAACACGAAGGACAACCACCUCGCCAGUAAGACGAUAAAACCAAUUCUGAAGAUAAAGGUAGAACCCAAAAAAGAAAACUUAAGCAAGCUGCUUAAAGAAUUUCCUCCGAAGAUAACCCUUGCACCUAGAGAGCAAGAAGACAAAGGUUCUGAUGCUGCGAAAAAGGCCACUCCCAGUGAGAAGAUGACGGGGAUGACCGCUCCAACUGCUUCCAAGGCCGAUCCCCUAAUUGCUUCCAAGGCCGAUCCCCUAAUUGCUUCCAAGGCCGAUCCCCCAACUGUGUUCAAGGGCGCUCCCCCAACUGAUGCCCAAGCUGCUCGCCCAAUUAUUUUCAGGGACGCCGCCCUAACUGAUGACUCGACCGAAGGAGGUGCCCAAAUCAGGAAAGUGGAAAGACGUUUGCAGAAAAAAUUAUCAAUCAAGAAUAAAAUGCUUUCCCUUUUGAAGAUGAAGCCAAGGGACCCCUCGACAAUCUUGAAGAAGCCGGUUCCUAAGCCGGUUUCUAAUUCGGUUUCUAAUCCGACGGAAUCACACUCCAGCAUAGAUGGGCCCGACCUGAAGAACCUCCUCGAAAAGGCAAAAAAAACCGCCAUCUUUAUCGACAAGAAUAAAGUGAACGCGAAAUUAAACAAGAAGGUGGAAGUCAAGAGGGAAAUCAAAAAAUUCGUGCCAAAGCUCAAAAAUUUCGAGUGA